AUCUUUCUUUCAGUACUAAAUAUUUUACUGUCUGUCACCACAUUUCUGGGGAACACUCUGAUCCUAGUUGCUCUACCCAAAGAAAAUUCACUUCAUCCACCGUCCAAACUCCUGUUUCGAAACUUAGCGAUAACUGAUCUCUGUGUUGGUAUCAUUGCGGAGCCUCUGUUGGUUGCUUAUUUGAUGUCUUUGGUAAAACAAAGAUGGGAUAUUUGCUACGAACUAGACUACGUAGGUUUAGCCAUUGGGGCCAUUUUGUGUUCAGUGUCUUUGUUCACAUUGACUGCAAUAAGCGUGGACAGACUUCUCGCCCUGUGGUUGGGCCUCAGAUACAGACGAGUUGCGACUUUGAGAAACGCGUAUAUAAGUGUAAUUGUUAUGUGGGUUUUGUCCGUUGUUGCUGGUGCAACAAUCUACUCUUUGGACACUGUUAUACUCGACUGGUCAAUGUUUAUAACAAUAUCUCUAUGUGUAGUCAUCUCAAGUCUGUGUUACACUAAAAUUUUCGUUGUACUACGACGAAGAAAAAUACGUCUCGAAGAUAGCGCUUUUCAAGGACCAACUGAAGUUAUAAAGGUUCCACUGAACCUAGCUCGAUACAGAAAGGCAGUGUACAGUGCAUUAUGGGUGCAGGUAACAUUGGUUGUUUGUUAUCUGCCGUUUGGAAUUGCGACAACUAUACCAGAGAUUUCUUUGUCGGUUUACCUCAUGACGCUCACUUUACUUCUACUAAACUCAUCAUUAAACCCGUUCAUUUAUUGCUGGAAGAUCAGAGAAGUAAGGCAAGCUGUUAAAGACACAAUCAGACAACUUUUCUCUUCAUUAAGUUAGUUCAACAUUAAUAUACUUAACUGAUUUCAGUUUGUUUCUAAAUCAUCAGUCGGGAAGAAAAGCUAGCUAGAAUUUUCUUCCUAAUAAGAUAUUAUAAGCGCAAUCACUGAUAUUGGUCAGAUUUUGAUUUCAGUUGAAGCUAAUACAAUCGAAUAACACACCAAUCCUCUGAUAACACAUCAAACCGUUGCUAUAGUAACAGAGAAUAUGUAAUUUGAUGACUGCUUAAUUUUCCAGCGCAAAUCAGGGUUUUUGUCAUCACGAUGAUCUAACAAACACAAAUAGUAAGAAAUAAUUUGCUUAUCUCACGUACGGUACAAUGAAAAACUAUUCAACGCUAAUGUCUGGCUACAAACUCUGCCUGUUUACUCUAAGGAAAUUGAACCAUUUUUACGCAAUACAGUUGAACCUCCAUUAACCGGCGACCCUCGGAGUACAGCCAAGUGGUAGUAUCACAUGACAUUAUAUGAAAAGACUUCAUCGGUUCUUGUAGGCCUUUGUACUGUAUAUCGAUUGACUAGCACUCAGAGAAUAUUAUGUUAAUUUUCUGGGUGGGGAAAGGGUAGAACAGCCCGUCAAACCGUUACCAUAGUUUUUUGAUAAGUGCUUAAAUUAUGUGUCAUUACUAUGAUUCUAACUAAAAAUAUUCCCAAAGGAAAGUGUUUAUGUUAUCACGUAUGAUACGACGAAGAACCAUUAAACACUUGUUUUCUUCAAACUUUGUUCGUUUACUCUAAGAAAUUCUCCCAUGCUCAUGAUCAGUAAUUUAACAUUAUCUGCACUUAAUCACGUAAUCACCUGCAUUGAUUAACCAAAUUUUGAAGCAUAUUUUGUAGAACUAAUAACGGUAUUAAAAGUACGUGAUGGGUAAUCGUUGUAAGAUGGAGGAAAACCUUAAUAUAACUGUAUUGCUUGUAAAACAAUUAGAGAACAUCAGGAACCCAUCAUAUUUGAAGGGCUCCUGAGAGAAUACAAGGGGAAAGGUAGCGAUCGUGCCAGGCUCGAGCAAGGGUCAUGGGAUUUGAUCGCAGACUGGGCCAGGAAAGCCAAUUUCAAAUACUUACUAAACUAUACAAUGUUGAAGUUUAUUUAUAAGCACCUUGAAAGGUUUCCAAAUAUAUAGAGAGUCUUAGGGUCGCUGGGGACACCUUGGGCUUAUUGUGAUGCUUUAAUUUGUGAUGCAUUGAUUUAAAACCAUGUACACGAAGUACAACGACUGAUAUAGAAAGGUUUACGAGAUAUUCAUAACUGGGUAAAAUAUGAGCGCAUAAUUUAUGCACGAGUGGCACCGAGACUGUGAACAAAAUGUUUACAGCUAUUUCAAGAAAGGUUGUCGGGUAAAGUGCUUGAGACUAUACCGAAAGGUAUUGUGGGUAGUUUUGAGUUCAUUGUUCCUUCAAAGAAAUUUGAAAGAAUGGCACGAGAGGCCAUGGACGUAUGUUUGCGAGUGCUAAAGGAAAGCAGCAAAAGUAGCUUCGACAGCUAUUUUAUAGUGUCAGAUCCCAUAUUACCUUUUGGGAUUGUCGCGUGCACACUUUUUUUCGACAAUCUUUCUCUAAAUAGCUGUAUUCAAAAAGUAACACACCGCGGGCUUUGAUUGGUUGUAAACCUUGUUUUCCAGCAAUGAUUUUUAAAACAAUAAAAGAUAAGGGGCUCUUUAAAAAUUUCAACCAAAUUUGAUACCAAAACUCUCGUACGUUCUUUUCUUCCGAAAAAUCUUUGAAAACAUUGCAGCUUUUUCACAAAAUUUAAGCGUAGAAUGAAAUUAACCAUAAUUACGUAUCUUGCUCGGAACUCGUAUCAAGUUAGUCGGGACGCGUUCGGGAGACUCAUAAUUUGACUUCCGACAAUUUUGAAACUUUCAGCGCAGGUACAAGAUAUCACGAGCUGGCACUGUAGGAGGUAAACUUGGUAGACUGUAGUCUGUCAUGAAUAGAGCGCAAUUCUAAAAAGUAUGAGGCGUUAAUUUCAGAGAUGACAGAUUUUGCUCAUUUAAACGAUUAUAUCUUGCUGGCAAUUAACUUUAAAUUGUGAAAUCCGCCUUAUACAUGACACACUAGGGGUUUUGACCGAUCAUUUAUUCAAAAUCACAGAAUGCUGUCUUCCAUUAUUUCCACAAAGUUGGACACAAGAUCACGAUGUCCUUUUUUGGUAAAACAGUGUGGCUUAAAGCAUUCCCCUAAAGCGCCAUCUACCAAAUAAAAAAUAAUUCGCCUAAACUUCCAUCAUCAUACAAUGUCUGGGUAAAAUUUUAUCAAAAUAGCCUCUAAAACAGCCGAGAAAUAAAGCUUUUAAAAAAAUGUAGCACAAACAAAAUUUUGCCUUUUGAAUUUAUUCGAUCAUAGCUAAUAGAACCGUCCCCCGCGGCCCUUCAUAGCUGUCAACUUUGCAUGACGGACAUGAAGAUUAUUAUGUUAUAAAAAUUUGCAUGCAGAUCUUUUUCUUACUCGCCCGAUGGCCCAGGCUUUACAUGUUACAGUUAAAGUUACCGACUUUCUACGAAAGUUUCAAAGUACUUAAUUUGUAACAAAACUUCUCGGUUUUCUCUGCUAUAUCAAUUAAUUUUCUUUGGAAGGUAGUAGCCCGGUCCCUAGAGUAAAUGAGCUAAAGGAAAAAUAAAAGAAAAAUUUAGAUAAAUCUUGUAUAAUUAUGUAAUUUUGUAAGAAUGACCAGAAGACGAUUUAAUAGUCACUUAUCACAUCACGAAGGAAACUAUAGCCGGAAAGAACCCAUCGAAACUCAGGAUUAUUAGUCUUAUCAUCAAUAUUGACAUCCAUUCUUUGAUGAUUAGUACCAUCUGUUGCUUUCCUGAGAAGAAUACUAAAAAUUAAAAUUAACCUGCGUUGUUGGAUAAUUAGUAUCUUAUAACUAUAUGAAAGAAGCUAUGUUCGUGAGAAGAAUGUCAUAGCAAUGUUUAUUUUCCCCUGUGUCUAUUAAUCAAAAUUCACCGGACAUAUUAAAUAAUGUACAAUGCCGAAUUCGUUCGACUACGAACAGAUGAAUCAUGAUGAUUGGUAAUUAAGUUGACCUUUUUUGAUAAACACAAUAUCCGCGGUAAUAAUUUAAAUUAAAUUUGAAUAACCUUCAAGAAGAAAUAAAGUUUAUCGCCAGACUUAUGGUCCAAGGUCGCAUUGCAGAAUAAGGAUGGCAAUGGAAAAAAAUUUUACCGGAGAGGAAAGUCGGAAAACAGUUGGAGAACUGUACUGCUCAGAAAAACUUAAGGAGGAAAGACUCGGUGAGCUUAUAUUUGUUUCAGUGCUAAAUAUUUUUCUGUCUAUAACUGCAUUUCUGGGGAACACUCUAAUUCUAGUUGCCCUGCACAAGAGGACUUCACUCAAUAAGCCGUCCAAACUCCUGUUACGUAACCUAGCGCAAACUGAUCUAUGUGUUGGUAUCAUUGCGGAGCCCCUGUUUGUUGCUUAUUUGAUGUCCGUCGUAACAGAGAGAUGGGAUAUUUGCUAUUACACAGAUGACGCAAGUCAAAUCACUGGCACCAUUUUGUGUUCAGUGUCUUUGUUCACAUCGACUGCCAUAAGCGUGGACAGGCUUCUUGCCCUUAUAUUGGGGCUCAGAUACAGACAUAUUGUAACUAUGAGAAAAGCACAUAUAAGUGUAUUUUUUAUGUGGGUUUUCUCAGCUCUCAUUGGCGCAGCAACCUACGCUUUGGAUUCUCUAAUACUUGGCUGGUCUUCGUUUCUAACUAUAUUACUAUGUGUGGUCAUCUCAAGUCUGUGUUAUGCUAAAAUUUUCUUUACCUUACGACAAAGGCAAUUUCAAGUUCAAGACGGUGCUUUUCAAGGAAAACGGAACCAGACAAUUCCACUGAAUAUAGCUCGAUACAGAAAGGCAGUCUACAAUUCACUGUGGGUGCAGGUAACAUUGGUUGUUUGUUAUCUGCCUUUUGGUAUAGCUAUGGCCUUAAGGCCUGAGUCGCCUGAAAAAAGUGAGAUAACUUCCUCGCUUUACCUCGCAGGGGAUAUUACACUCUCUUUUGUUUUAGCAAACUCGUCAUUAAACCCCUUUCUUUAUUGUUGGAGGAUCAGAGAGGUAAGGAAAGCAGUUAAAGAGACAAUCAGAAACGUUUUCUGUUUAUCUUAUUAGGUUAUGUGCUAUGUUGUGUUCACGAACUAGACGUCGGGUAGUAAGGGUAUAUCGCGGAUGGAAGCCCGAUCUCGGAGCCAAAGAUUUCGUACAGCGUUAAUAAAGCAAUGAAACAAUAAGAAAUUUUGUAAACAUUAUUGUUCAUCGACGAGUAAGUCAAUUAUUAUCUUCAAUCUCAUUGUGCUUUCAAUAUUUUGGGUAACGAGGCUAAAAUAUAUAGAAAGUAAUGUAGACUCGAUCACCUUAAAAAUUGUGUAACCCCUGGCUUUUAAACAACAAAUAAGAAGUUUCGCAAAGCUGUAAGAUAAUCCUCGUCAUUUUCAUGCUCAAGCCUUCAACCGGAAAGACGAACUAUGUUUGGAAAGUCAAGCGAGGAGGACUAUCUGAAUACAGCGAAAAAUUGACGGAAAAAGUACUCCUCUAAGUACGUAAUAAGUCUUCUUUGUUACCACGGAAAUUAAUCUCAGCUCACAAAGAGAAUGUCUUAAUAGACACAAUUUCUUUCAAUUAAUGAUUAAAAUGGACAAAAAUCAGGACUCUAUGUGAAAAUGAUGCCAUAACUCAAAUGUAACUGUCACAUCGGGGAGAUUUAUUUCGAUCUUUAUGGAAAAGUAAACACUGAGUUUUUAAUGUUAGUACAGUGCUGAUAUCUCUGAUGAAAAAUUCGGGUCAGCCUACUGGUACCAAAAACAUAAAACAUAAUUCAUAAUUUAAAAACAAGAUGGAAUUUUCAGUAUUUUUUUCAAACAAUUAGUACAUGUCAGGUAGGAUAACGUACUGUAAAAUUUUGUUAAUCAAUGAAGAUUCGGGUCAAACAUAGCAGCUGUUUAAAGAGCAUUAUUUCACUGAAUUGAUCUGCAUUUUAACAAAAUUGGAAUAUUUAGGGGGCAGUCUGGUUAAAAGCAUUAUUUUUCGUUGACUCCCACCUUUUUCUUAAAUAUCUAGCCAAGAUUUCAUUCAAUUAAAAAACGACUCGGCGUUGGAGUCCUUAAUUCAAUUAUUUUUUGAGGAUUUUCGGAUGAUCAGUGUUUCGAAUGUUUUAAAUGUCUAAAUAUUAUAGGGGGAUUUUUAAAAUUUUGGGAAAAUUGGAAGUUAUUAGAUUUGGGGGUCGUUAAAAAUUAAGAUAUGAGGUGAAUAAUUAGUAGACAAACACCAGACAGUCCACACCACCACAAGCUGCCUUUGAUCCUUUUAGGGGACUAACUGGUUUAUGUGUAUACUUUUUCUACCCUUAUUUGUUUCCUUCCCAAAUCAACAUCAUUUCCUCAAAAAAAAGAAAAACAACCGUAAUAUCCCCUUAAAUAGUACAGAUACUAAAGCAUACUAAAAAAAUACGGUCAUGUUGUAGUAAGCAUCACGUGGGAUUUAUGACAAGAUUUCAUCGUCCUUUUGAAGGUCUUUGUACUGUUCAUAUUUUAAUUAGUAAAUUGAGCACAGAAUAUUAUGUUAAUUAGUCGGUUGGACGUGGUCAGAGCAGGAUGUCAAACCGUAUUUUGCCAUAGUCUUUUUUUGAUGAGUGCUUAAAUUGCGUGUCAUUACUAUGAUCCUAACUAAAUAUACUAGGAAAUGAAAUUGUUGAUCUCACGUACGAUACAGUGAAGGACUAUUUCAAAAAACACUAUUGGCUACAAUAGCUACAAACUUUUCUUGUUUUAAGAAAAUAAAAAAGUCUCUAUUUCUAUUUUUACUUAAUGAAUUAUAGCAUUACACUUAAGUUACAAAUACAUUUAUCAAAUUUAUUAUCACGUUUAGAGUAAUCCAGGCUUGUAGUGACAGAUUUGAGAAAAAACAUAAAAUUAAAAUGUCCCAAUGACAAAUAUUAGGUUUAGUUCUUAACAGUGUUAACUUCUCUCGAAAUUUCACAACUUGUAGAUUUUCUUACUUUCUAAGCAUCCUUCUUAUACACAUCAAUAUUUACCCCCGAUUACCUCGAUUUAUACGGGUUUUAAGCAAGAUUGAAGAUAUUUAUUAAUAAUUGAUUCAAAAUGGCGGAUCAAAGAUGGUGGAUGAUUCAAGAUUCUUCUAAUAAAUGACGUCAUCAUGGUAUCACUGCUGUUGUUAAAGAUAACUAAUGUGUCAGCCAACGUCUUGAUCUUGUCACAUGCCUUACUAUUUAAGUAAUUUUCAUUUUGAGAGGAAAAAUUUAUGGAAUUUUUCAUUCUGCCAAUAAUUUGUUCAACAAAAUGACGUAAUAAUGGCAUUAAAUUACGUCAUUGUGUCAAUCAAGUUAUGCUUAGAUGGUGGCCAUGGAAAUGUGAUGAGUUCAUUUGGUGGCUGUACCACCAGCGAUUUUUAUGUUAUAGAAGGGGGCUCCAGGAGGCCAUCCCCUGUCGCAAGAUGCAAAAAAAAAGACCUGAUAUGAUAGGGUUAACAGACCUUAUAACGGGUUGAGUGCUCAAUGGCUUAUCGUAACAAGACAGCAUAUUUAACUGUUAUUUACUUUAAAAAAAAUAGAGAGAAUAUGAGGAGAAAGCUAGACUAAAGAAUUCUGUUAUAACCCUACUUCGCCUUCAAAAGAUAGUUGAACACUGCGGUAAAGAUAACGAGGGCAAAUUUAAAUGACUAGAAGAGAACGUACAUGGUAUUUGUACUAAUAAUUAUUAUGCUUCGGAGGUUUCACUGUAUUUUAUAACUCCACUGCCUUAACUUAUUCUUCUGUUUGCGGGCCGAUAAAUACCCUUUAUACGCUUGUGUUGUACUUCGUACGUGACUGGUUAGACAAACACCAAUAGUGUUAUACAGUAGAAUCCCGUUUUUCGAAUCAUCUUGGGGGAAAAGCUUUUAUCAAUUGGUUUGAAUCAUCAGGAGGUCCAAAAAUCAGAAAUAUAAUUUCAGUUUAAUGACAAUGGAAGGGAAGUCAGUUUGAGGUCGAAUCAUUGAGUAUGUGACUCGGAACAAUUAGGGCCCAAACGUAAUGAGUAGCUGAACACCUAAUCAUAACAUAGGUAAAAAUCAAUGUUUUCACAUCAAUCUUUAGAAGAGAUCUAAAAGAAGAAGCUAAGAUAUGUUUUAACCAUGAGUCUAUGAACCGUUUCUUUUUCAAGCCAAGCAACAGCUCUUUUUUAUUUCCUUUUUUUAGUUACGGCUAUUGUUUAUUUUUCAACAGAACGGCUCAAUUUUGAACCGUAGCAGUGCUAAAAUACUUUAACAUCACGUUCUUCCGAUUCGUAGAUUCGAAUAGAUUUCAAGUCUUCUUAUAAGUUUGACACGAGUUUAUUUGUCACCAACACAAAGCUACCUGUCAUAAACGGACACGUUUGCUUCAUUGGAACAAGAAAAGCGUUAUAAAGUAAACACUUCCCCAUACGGCUUUCCCGACUGUCGCACAAGAUCACUUUCCUUUUCAUUUCCUUUUGCUCUAUGAUUAUUGACAACAAUUUGACCUAAUUCAAAUAACAGGCACCAUUGACAACAAUAUACAAUCCAUUGAAAAGGUUAUUACUUUUUUUGGCUUUUGUCCUGUAGCCCGCCCCAUUAUAAGUUCAAUUUAAACAUAUCGAAGGAAGCUUGCAAGAAAGUUAUGUUUUUAGGGGUUAAAGAACAAUAAGAAGUAGAAUAUUCUUUAUAAUUGCAUGAAAACCGUGGGUUUAUAUUGAUUAAACAUGUCAAACAUGAAAGAUCGCCAAAGGAAGUUACCACGCACUUUGCUUGCAUUUUUACUGACACUAUUGAAAUGUUAGCACAUGACCUUCGUAAUAGGAAACCAUAUAUGACAAAGCAAAACUCACUCAGCGCCCCUACUCAACAUUAGAAGAGAGAUGGCAGAACUAACACAUCUUGCUAAAAACAAGCAAAACAUAACAGAAUUGCACUGUUCAGCAGAAUUCACCGCUGAAGUUCAUGACGAGAUUAUCGUCCUUUCAGUGCUAAAUAUUUUUUUGUCCAUUACUGCAUUUCUGGGGAACACCCUUAUCCUAGCCGCCCUGCGCAAAGAAAAAUCACUUCAUUCGCCAUCCAAACUCCUGUAUCGCAACCUAGCAGUAACUGAUCUCUGUGUUGGCAUCAUCGUGGGACCCCUCUUUGUUACCUAUUUGAUGUCUUUGAAGACUGGAAGAUUGGAUAUUUGCUAUCAUGUUUAUGCGGUCGCUCGUUUUGCUGGUUAUAUCUUGUGCGGAGUGUCUUUGUUGGCAUCGACUGCAAUAAGCCUGGACAGACUUCUUGCCCUGUUGUUAGGGCUGAGAUACAGACAAGCUGUAACUUUGAAAAAAGUCUAUAUAUCUGUAUUCUUUAUGUGGGUAUUGUCCAUUGCUGGCUCAUCAAGCUUUUUUUGGAGUCCUGAUAUAUUUAUACCGUUUCUCUACACAGUUCUGUCAUUUUGUUUACCCACAAUAAUUUUCUCUUACAUAAAAAUUUUUUUCACUCUCCAUCAUAACCAAAUUCAAGCGCAUCAGGGCCAGGUUCCUCAAGUACAACCGCGUCAAGCAAUUCCACUGAACAUAGCUCGAUACAGAAAGGCGGUGUACAGUGCACUGUGGGUGCAGGUAACAUUGGUUGUUUGUUAUCUGCCGUUUGUCGUUCAAGUCUUGAUACACUAUGAAAGCUCUAAGUUUUCUUUAUCGGGUUACCUUGGUAAUACGUUCACAUAUACUUUGGUUUUUCUAAACUCGUCAUUAAACCCUUUCAUUUAUUGCUGGAAGAUCAAAGAAGUAAGACAAGCGGUUAAAGAAACAAUAAGACAUUUAAUAUGCUGCUUAUCGAACUAG